UCGAUGACAAGGGUGGCAGCAUGGAGGAGGUGCCCCACGGCUGUCCCGGAGCCGACAGCGCCCAGGCGGGCCGAGGGGCCUCGUGUCAGGGAUGUCCCAACCAGCGGCUGUGCGCCUCUGGAGCCGGCGCCGCUCCGGACCCGGCUGUGGAGGAAAUCAAAGAGAAAAUGAGGACGGUGAAACACAAGGUCUUGGUGUUGUCUGGGAAAGGCGGUGUUGGCAAAAGCACUUUCAGUGCCCACCUUGCCCAUGGCCUCGCAGAGGAUGAAAACACACAGGUUGCUCUUCUGGACAUCGAUAUAUGUGGGCCUUCGAUUCCCAAGAUAAUGGGGCUGGAAGGAGAGCAGGUUCACCAGAGCGGCUCAGGCUGGUCUCCAGUGUAUGUGGAGGACAACUUGGGGGUGAUGUCUGUGGGUUUCCUGCUCGGCAGCCCUGAUGAUGCCGUCAUCUGGAGGGGACCAAAGAAAAAUGGCAUGAUCAAGCAGUUCCUCCGAGACGUUGACUGGGGAGACGUAGACUACCUCAUUGUGGACACCCCACCCGGCACGUCCGACGAGCACCUCUCUGUUGUCCAGUAUCUGGCCGCUGCACACAUUGAUGGGGCUGUGAUCAUUACGACCCCUCAGGAGGUGUCCCUCCAGGAUGUCAGGAAAGAAAUCAGUUUCUGCCACAAGGUGAAGCUGCCCAUCAUCGGGGUGGUGGAGAACAUGAGCACCUUCGUGUGCCCCAAGUGUAAGAAAGAAUCUCAGAUCUUUCCUCCCACAACUGGGGGCGCAGAGGCCAUGUGCCAGGACCUGAACGUCCCUCUCCUUGGCAAAGUGCCUUUGGAUCCGCACAUAGGGAAGAGCUGUGACAAAGGCCAGUCAUUUUUUGUUGAAGCCCCGGAUUCACCAGCCACAAAAGCCUACAAAAGUAUAAUUCAAAGGAUCCAGGGCUUUUGCGGUUCCCACCAGUCAAACAACAAGAACCACGUCAAUUCCUGAAACGGGACAGUGCUGAAGGCCACAGGGACCCCAGCUGCAGAACCUGCAGGGGACAGAUAGCCGGAGCCACAAAUAAAAAGGGACCAGACACGGACUUGGUUUGAAGUCACCUCAGAGACACUUUAAUCUGUCCACUUUUUCUGUUCUGUAGGUACAGGCCAUUCUUCACACAUGUGCCAUUCUAAACUAAACAUCUCCCUACACCUGU